CAUGCAAGUACAAGUACUAGUUUUACUCCUACACUUGAACAAUUGGAAGAGAUAGGAGUAACAGGUUUUGAUGAGAAUGUGUGUAAUGAAACGUUUCCAUCUAAUCAGUUCUGGGAAGUGUUGAAAGCAGCAGAUGAACCUUUAUGGGCAGGUUGUGACAACCAUACUCAGUUAUCAGUGACAGCAAGAUUGUUAAAUAUUAAGGCAAAGCAUAAUGUGUCUGAAAAUUGCUUUAACUCUUUUGUUGAAGUAAUGCGAGAAACAAUGCCUCGUGAUAACAUCAUGCCAAGUGAUUUUUACGAUAUGAAGAAGUUAGUGGAUAACUUAGGUCUUCCAGUUGAAAGGAUUGAUAUAUGUAGUAGGGGUUGUAUGUUAUAUUGGAGAGAUGAUGAAAAUGCAGAAUCUUGCAAAUUCUGUAGCCAACCUAGGUACAAGAUAAACAGGAGGCAUGGUCGUAAUCAGAAGCGUAGACCAUGCAAGCAAAUGUUUUAUCUACCCUUAAUCCCCAGAUUGCAAAGGCUUUAUGCGUCUCAAGCCACUGCUGAACACAUGACUUGGCAUGCAAAUCAUGAAACAGAAGAGGGUCUAAUGUGUCAUCCUUUAGAUGCAGAGGCAUGGAAACAUUUUGAUAGAACAUACCCUGAGUUUGCGAUAGAGCCUCGAAACAUCAUGUUAAGUCUCUGUGCUGAUAGAUUUGCCCCAUUUGGAAAAUCAGGGAAAAGUUAUUCAUGUUGGCCAGUUAUCUUAACUCCGUACAAUCUUCCACCCGGUAUGUGCAUGAAGACACCUUAUAUGUUUUUGACAUUGAUCGUGACCGGCCCGCAAAAUCCGAAAAAGUUGAUAGAUGUUUAUAUGCAACCAUUGAUUGAAGAGUUACAACGGCUAUGGAAUGAAGGUUCGUUACGUAUGAUGUUUCUACUAAUCAAACAUUUGUAAUGAAGGCUGCUCUUCUUUGGACGAUAAAUGACUUUCCAGCAUAUGGAAUGUUAUCUGGAUGGAGUAUAACUGGGAUCUUAGGAUGCCCGAUAUGUUUGCAGAGAUCGAAGUCAUUCAGAUUAAGACAUGGUAAGAAGCCCUGCUAUUUUGACUGUCACAGACAAUUUUUGCCGAUGAAUCAUACAUUCAGAAGGAAUAAAAAAGAGUUCAUCAAGAAUAGGAUUGAAAGAACUCCUCCACCAUUGAGGUUGACCGGUGAUCAAAUAUGGGAGCAAGUGCAUGACUUUCCAACUGUUGUUGAAAACCCUCAUGGCACAACUAUUGCGUACGGAAGUGUACAUAAGUGGACUAAACGCAGUAUAUUUUGGGAUCUACCAUAUUGGAAGGCUCAUCUUAUUCAUCAUAAUCUUGACGCCAUGCACAUUGAAAAGAAUGUUUUCGACAAUGUCAUAAAUACUGUGAUGGAUGUCACGGGAAAAAUAAAAGAUAACUUGAAUGUAAGAAAAGAUAUGAGAAAUAUUUGUGAUCGACCAACAUUAGAUGUGGAUGCAAGCAGCAGGGGACCAAAACCAAAAGCAGUUUAUACAUUGGAUAAGGAGCAGAGACGAGUCGUUUGUCAAUGGUUGAAAUCUGUGCGGUUUCCUGAUGGAUAUGCUUCGAACAUCGGGAGAUAUGUUGAUUUGAACGAAUGCAAGUUGACAGGAUUAAAGAGUCAUGAUUGUCACAUAUUUAUGGAAAGACUAAUUCCAAUAGCUUUGAAGGAACUUCUACCAAAUUUUGUAUGGGGCGCCAUUACAGAGUUAAGUAAUUUCCUUCAUGAUAUUUGCUCAACAGUGUUAAAAGCAUCACACAUGGAGAAACUGGAGAGAGACAUUCCAAUUAUUCUUUGCAAUUUAGAAAGGAUAUUUCCUCCAUCGUUUUUUUAUUCAAUGGAGCAUCUCUUAGUUCACUUGCCUUAUGAGGCCAAAGUUGCAGGUUCCGUCCAAUUUCGAUGGAUGUAUCCAUUUGAGAGGUUCUUAUAUCAUUUGAAGAAAAAAGUGAAGAAUAAGGCAUGUGUUGAAGCUUCAAUUUGUAAUGCAUAUAUUGUGGAAGAAGUGACAAUAUUUGCAUCAUACUAUUUUGAGCCGCACGUGCAGUGCAAGAGGCGAAGAGCAGGAAGAAAUGAUGAAGGUCCCAUCGAUCCCAAUUGCAAAUCAUUCUCUAUUUUCAAUUAUCUUGGUCGACCAAGCGGCGCAUGUCAGUUUCGUUGCUUAACAGGCGAAGAACGGCAGGCAACCCAUACCUAUAUUUUACUGAACUGUCCAGAAGUGGAGCCAUACUUCCAGAUUUUUCAAAAUUCAAUGUAUGGACUACCGCCAAAUGAGUUCGACCGUUUGUGCGAUGAACAAUUUGCAGCAUGGUUCAAAACAUAUGUUCACAGUAAUCAUGAUCAAGUUGAAGAGCAAGGAUUGCUAUAUUAUCUGUCAUGGGGUGCACAGUCAAGCAUACGAACUUGGCCAGCAUAUUUCAUAAACGGGUAUAAUUUUCACACUCAAGAAUAUGGAAUGGGAAAAGCCACAAUGAAUAGUGGUGUGUGUGUUCGGUCAUCCAAUUGUGGUAGUUCAAAAGAUGAUUUUUAUGGCUUGUUGGAUGAAAUCAUCGAGAUAGAGUACCCCGGACCAUUAAUGCGGGUUGUGUUAUUUAAGUGCAUGUGGUUCAACCCCGUCAAAGGAAUGAAGGUGCAUACGAAGUUUAAUUUGGUUGAAAUAAAUCACAAGAAAAGGUAUAAGAAAUAUGAACCAUUUGUGUUGGCACAACAAGCAAUUCAAGUAUAUUAUGCAUCAUAUCCUAGUUUGAAACGUGACAAAGCUGAUUGGUGGGCUGUAUGUAAAACCAAAGCACGAAGAAAAAUCGAGGAACACUGGAAGGAUACAGCAUAUCAACAAGAGGAAGUUUGUAACGCGGUUCAAACUGAGGAAUAUAACAUUCCUACUUUACGAGAUCCAUGUGGAGCAAUGAUAGAUGUAGAUCUAACUGAAAUUCGCGAAUCAAAUUUAGAAGGUGUUGCAUAAUCUGAUUUUGAGACAGAGGAUGAUGAGGAUGAUGAUGAUGAUGAUGACGAUGAUGACGACGAUGACGAUGAUGCUCAAGAAGAAGAUCA